AUGGCUCUUGAAGACGGUCAAGAACAGCAGAAGGUCUGGGUUAAUUUAGCAACAAAGUAUCCUGAAGUAGUUUUGUGUGUUGGAAAAAUACGUUUUGGUGAAAAAGCAAGAAAAAAGAUGCCAAAAAAUUCAAAACAAGAUCAAAAAUACACCCUUGCCUGUGCAGUGUGUGCCUUGCUGAACUCUGGAGGAGGUGUCGUCAAAGCAGAGAUUGAAAAUGAAAACUACAACUUAGAGAGAGAUAACAUCGGACAAGAUUUAGAAGAGACUUUUCAGUCUCUUGUUUUGUUUCCAGACUGGAAAAAAUACCUGGACAUUGAACAGCAAGAUAAUUACCUUUUGAUUUUUAUUAAAACCUGGAGCAGUGGGAACACAUCCUUAACCUGUACAAGUGCAAAGCCACGUAUCUGUAGCCUGAGUACAGGAUUGUAUGCAAAAUCUGGUUCUUCUCUUUCCUGCAUGAAGCCUUCCCAAGCUUUUUUGUUCCUUAAAGAAAAGCAAAAUGAAGCCAGGAGCGAGCUUAGCCCACAACCUGCUAAAAUCAGGAAGACAAGGGCUAUUCGAGGAGGCACAGAUAUUGAAGGAAACACAGAUAUUAUAAAUAACACUGUUGCCAAGUUGUUUAAUAGGGACCAACUGCAACAUGGAGAGACAUUGACUUUCACAGAGUCAGGAGACGCGGAAUUUAAGCACUAUGCAACUGAAAAAUUUUUGACUCGUGUCAAAGAGAUAUUACCUCAGUAUAUCGCUGGAUUUGCAAACACAGGUGGCGGGUAUUUAUGGAUCGGUGUGGAUGAUGACAGCAGAGUGCAGGGAUUCAGCAGUGAUGAUGAGGACCUUGAAAAAUUAAGUCUCCUGAUCAAUUCCAUUCAAAACAAAUUAACCCUCUUCCAUUUCUGCGGGGGUGGAAAUAUACACAACAUAAGGUACGAACACAAAAUCUUCAAAGUAUACUCUGAGGCUGGGGAUCACUGUGGCUACGUCUGCGCUGUGAAGAUUCAGCCAUUUACUUGCGUUGCGUUUUCCGAAGACCCGGACUCGUGGCUAGUGGAAGGCAGCACCAUCAGGAGACUGAGCGCAAAUGAGUGGGCUGAGUGGAUGACCGCUGCUGAUCCAGAUCUUUCAAAGUUUUCUGAGACCUUUAGGCUAGAGCUCAGUCUGACAGACGGGCCACCUCUUGCCAAGCCAGUUUAUUCACAUUGGGGCCUUGACAGUGUUGAUGAACUUUGUGAGCAACUGUUUCCAGGUCUCCUAAGCAAGGUUGGCAACAGCUGGUCCUGUGUAGGAGAUGAUGUUGUGGAGAGAGAGAUGCAGUUCACUGUGAGAUCCCACAGCAUAAUAUAUACUCCAGAAAAACUCAGUAAAGAUCUCAUCCAAGAGCAUCCAGGGUUGGAUAUUUUAAUGGAAAAUCAAUUGAAGCAGCUUUCUGAAGGAGUUCUGAUAUUUUCCAGAAGCUGGGCUGUUGAGGUCGGCUUGCCAGAAAACCAAGACAUAAUUUGUGAUGUUCUCCUAAUAGCCAAGUUUAGGCCACCUAUCCUCUAUACAAUCUGUAAGCAACAUAUCUCAAAGGAUUUGUUUGAAUACUCAAGACACAUAGCCUGGAAGCUGAAGGAGAAAUUAGUCAACACUGGGGGCUAUAUUCACAAAUUGUGUGUAAUACCAAAGCUACUGACUUUGCCUCCCCAAAUUAACUGUGGAAAAGAAUGGGAUCUGAAUAUUCAAGAAAUGUAUCCCCAAAACUACAGCCUAAUCAACAGUGGCAACUUGAAGGCCCUCCUGCAUGCUCUCACAGUAGCUCUGCUGACUUUCAAGUCCUUUUUAAGUGACCAUGUUGGUUCUGAGUUUUUGAACCUCUUGACCAUCAAACAAUACCAGCUGCUGUCAGAAAAUCUUCACAAAACUAAGAAGCUGUAUGUUUAUGGUCUACCAGGAACAGGAAAAACUAUAGUGGCCCUGAAGAUCAUAGAGAAAAUAAGAAUUAUGCUGCAGUGCACACAGGAGGAAGUUCUUUAUGUAUGUGAGAACCAGCCUCUGAGAGAUUUUGUGCGGCAGAAAAACAUUUGCCAAGCUGUGACAAGAGCAGCCUUUUUGAAGGCAACCUUUGAUGAUGUCAAGCACAUAAUAAUUGAUGAAGCACAGAAUUUCCAAGAUGGGGACGGUGAUUGGUAUAGAAAAGCCUGGACUCUAACUUCAUCACCACAUCUCCCUGAGCCCGGCUUUUUCUGGAUUUUCUUGGACUACUUACAGACAAGUCACUGCUUCUCAACUGGUCUUCCACAAGCAACAUGGCAUGAUCCUGUUGAGUCGCUAACCAAAGUGGUUCGUAAUGCUAACAGUAUCUAUCGCUAUCUAAAAGGAAACAUGGAAAUGAUUGUAAAGAACCCUACCCUAAAUAUUCCCAACCAACGUUUGGAAAAGUUAUUAUGCGAAGCCACAUGUGCUCAUGCUGUGCAAGGCUGUAUUGAAAUAGAACACAACCUAGACAGAAAUAGAAUAGCAAAGUAUGUGGCAGAACGUUGUUGUACAUACCUUAAAAACGGUUACUCCGAGAAAGAUAUUGCUGUUCUGUGCUACAGUGAUGAAGAAGUAAAAUCAUACUAUGGAAUACUAGCAUCAGAAAUGAGGAAGUCAAAGUCAAAUAUAUCAUUAAGGAAAAUGGAAGGAGGGCUAGAGGAGCAUGCUAUUCUUGACAGCAUCCGUCGUUUCUCUGGCUUAGAAAGAAGCAUUGUGUUUGGAAUUCCAGAAGUACAAGGAGCUGUAGAUGGCUGCAGAACAGAUUUCAUCUCAGUUGACUUUCCUUCCAACAGCCCCCGGCACACUUCCAACACAGACUCUUUUACAGCUGGGCCUUGA